CGCGCCUCAUUAGCAAGUGAACAGAGUUCGAGGUGCACCUGUGGGAGUAGGAGUCGUACUCGGCCCCCUUUUUUUUGUUUUUUUCCCUCCUCCCCCCUUUAACUGCAGUUCAAAGCCAGAAAGGAUUUGUUGCUGAGUGGUUAAACGACAGGAUUACAGCUGAACUUUUAACAAUCUAAAGAUGGAACUCUGUGAUAUAAAGUCUUCCGCUUCGCUCAUGUAUGAUGGCUUCAUCCAGAAUGCCGACUCUCGCACGGAGAACUGGCUGUUAAUGUCGUCUCCCGUCAUGCAAAGCCUCGUCAUUGUGGCGUACAUCAUCUUUGUCAUGUCGCUGGGUCCUCGCAUCAUGGAGAACCGCAAAGCCUUUGACCUCAAAGGGGUCCUGGUGGUGUACAACUUCAGCGUGGUGGCGCUGUCUCUGUACAUGUGCUAUGAGGUGAGUCGGCAUCAACCGUCUUCACAUGCAGCAACGACGCGUGACGUCGCCAAAGGGUCGACGUUAAACUUUGCCAUGUCGGGAUGGGGAACGGGAUACUCCUUUCAUUGUGACCUCAUUGAUUACUCUGAGUCGCCACAAGCUAUGCGGAUGGCGGCAACGUGCUGGCUUUACUACUUCUCCAAGUUCAUUGAAAUGUUGGACACAAUUUUCUUUGUACUGAGGAAGAAAAACAACCAGGUGACAUUUCUUCACGUGUACCAUCAUUCCAUCAUGCCGUUUACCUGGUGGUUUGGUGUGCGCUUUGCUCCAGGUGGUAUGGGGACUUUCCACGCCAUGCUCAACUGCGUUGUCCACGUCGUCAUGUACUCCUACUAUGGCCUGACCGCCCUGGGCCCCAAAUACCAAAAGUACUUGUGGUGGAAGAAAUACCUCACCACCAUUCAGCUGAUCCAGUUUGUGAUGGUGACCACACACAUCUCGCAGUACUUCUUCAUCCGAGACUGCUCCUACCAGUUCCCCAUCUUCAUCUACAUCAUCGGCCUGUACGGCCUAAUUUUCCUCUUCCUCUUCCUCAACUUCUGGUACCACGCCUACACCAAAGGCAAGCGGCUGCCCAAGGUGCUGCAGGCCCAGACGUGGGCCCACCACAGCAACGGCGUCAUGAACGGCAACGCCACCCACGACAAAGACGACUGAUUGGUGGCUCGGCACAGGGCCGUUUUGCGGCGGACUAUGUUUCGCUCUGAUUUAGCUUUUUCUACUUGCAAAAAAAGACAAUCUUUAAAUUAUGACCAGUUAUAUUUAACCCUAGACGAAGGGAUUUUUUUCUUGUAUUUUAAUGUUUACUCUAAAGUUAAUUCUGCCACGGGAUAACUUGUAUUAACUUCACCUACGGCAUGACUGAGACUCCAUGACCCUGAUCUGUGCAGUACCUCCCCGCAUAAAUGCCUUUAUUGGGUGGGACUUUUUUUAUUAGGAUUUUUUUGUUUUUUGUGUGUGUGUGUGUAUGUAGUGGUUCACAAAAGUCAGGGUUGUUAAUUUCACAAUGCCUUAUCAGCUGCGUCUAGUCCAUUUUUAUGUAUGUUCGAGGCUCCGCAUCCUGUCUAAGGCUAUUAACUGUCACAUGCAUGCAGAACAGGGUGUUUAUUUUAUUUUUAAAUGUAAUUUCACACCGCUAUGGCUGGAGUCAAAGAUCCUGAUGGUGCCGGGUUAAGCGAAAUGUUCUCGUGAAGCGUGACCAAUUAUUGGGAAGAAAGCCAGGAGCUCCCGGGCCUUCUUGUUAUAUAUCUAUAUAUAGAGAUGUUUUAGGAUAGUACAAAUGCUUAAUGUGCCAAGCUGGAGCGUCCGUGUAUUAUGAUGUUAAGCUGUAAAGUGAAUGCAGCAGCACUCCUGUGAUUGACGGAGGAUACUAGUUUGAGCUCGCUGGUGGUGUGGAUUAGAGAAGAGGUUUACAGAUUGAAUGAUGCAGUUCCUGUUAAUGUCUAAUAUCCUGUUCUCAGUCCAAUUUUGUUAACCAUUUAAAUAAAAAUUGUGACUUUGUUCAUAUUGUAUUUUACGUAUUUAUGUAUAAUAAAUGUUGACUAUGUACUUGA